AUGGUUUUGAUGGAAGACAAUUCAAGUUCAAAAUAUGUGGUGUUUUUUGAUGGAUUAAGCAUUGAAACAAUCAUCACUCACAAAGCCAGCAUAGUUGAGGAGUGGAUUCAAGAAAUUUCAUCAAAAGAAGACAUGAUUAUUGGAUUGGAUACCGAGUGGACCAAAGAUAAAAACAAGACAAAGGUGGCAAUUUUGCAAUUAUGUGUUGAGGAUAAGUGUUUAAUCUUUCAAUUUUUCUUCAAUAAUAUUGUUCCUCAAUGUCUUAGGAGCUUUCUUAUAGAUCCUAACUUCAAAUUUGUUGGGGUUGGAAUUGAGAAUGAUAUCAAGAGACUCAAGAGUGAUUAUGGGUUGGAGUGUAAAAAUGGCAUAGAUUUGGCUACUUUUGCAGGAGAAAAAUGUGAUCAAAAUUAUUCAUCUAGAGGGUUGAAAUUUUUGGCUAAAGAACUUGUGGGGCUUGAUAUGAAGAAGUCAAAGGAUAUUUGCACGAGUGAAUGGAAGUCAAAGGAGUUGACCAAAGAUCAAAUUGAAUAUGCAUGCAUUGAUGCCUAUGCUUCUUACAAAAUUGGCCACUAUCUCCUUCUUCAAAAGGAAGAGGUUUACCCUAAACCUAUCUAA